ACGCGGCGGGGAAUACAGUUAACAAGGUCACCCGCCUUUUCUUAAAGGGGCCAUGUCGCUAUGGGCUCUGCUAAGACGGCUGCCACGAACAAAGCUGGCAGUCGCGCCGCUUCUAGCGGCCUCCGGCCGAGGCUUCUGCCGGCGCCACCUCCACGCGCAGGAGAGGCCCCGGCCGCACGGCGGAGCCACGCCCAUUGCCUUCGGCCUCGUCCUAUCAGCUUCUUCUCUGUUCUCCCAAGAAGCUGAAGAGGAGACAGAGAAGGAUGCCACGGAAAGCCUCCUAGAAGAGGCAGAAGAGGAGAUAAUUUUUUUGCUGAAAAAAGCCAAGCUCUGCAUCAUGAAAGGAGAGCUGGAAGAAGCUGAGCGGCUCCUGCACGAGGCUGCCCGACUCUCUCACCAGUCCAACAACAGGAAUGGCAUCAUCUACACGUAUGACACGAUGGCGAACCUGGCCUUUCUGCGGGGGCAGCUGGACCAUGCAGAAAAACUCUUCAAGGCAGCCAUGACCUUCCUGCUGGCCGGAAACAUGGAACAAGAUGACAACGCCAUCAUUGAGAUGUCCCUCAAGCUGGCCAGCAUCUACGCUGCACAGAAUCAAGAAAAGUUGGCGCUGGCUGGCUAUCAGUUCUGUAUCCUGACCCUAAAAGAGAAGAUUGCUAAGCAGAAGGACAUGGCUGCCGAUGCUGUACCAGCAGAGGAAGAGCGAAUCAACACCCGUCUCCUCCUCGGCAUGAGCCUUGACUCCUAUGCCCGAUAUCUGCUGGCGCGCAAGCAGGCAGCUGCAGCGGAGAGAAUGUACGAGGAGGCGUUGCAGAUCUCCAUGGAGGUUCAAGGGGAGACGCAUCCUCAGACGGUGGUCUUGAUGAAUGACUUAGCAACCGCUCUAGAUGCUCAAGGACGGUAUGACGAUGCCUACACUCGUGUGAGGAGAGCAUUGGAUCUGGCUCGACAGACCGAACACCCAGAAGCCUAUGUUGUGCUAAAUAACCUGGCUGGGAUCCUGAUGCACAAAGAAGAUUUCCCCCAGGCCAGACAAGUCUACAAGGAAGCCCUGAAGCUGGCGGAGGAAGCCGGAGACGGUGCUGUCGUGCGAUACAUUAGGAAAGAAUUAGCCGAACUUGCCAGGAGGCAGAAGCAGGCGAAAUCUGCAGAAAAUUUGGCAAAGCAGGGAAAUGAAGGGAAAGACUGAAGGUGGCUUCACCCGCACGGCAUGUGUGCAUCGGGCAACAGCUGUGCUAAUUUUGUUUUGCACGGCAAGAGCUCAGCGGUGUGCAGGCAGCACAGCAAAACUCUUAAGGCUCCAAUGCUUCCCUGAGCUGGAGGAGGAGGUUUUUGGCGGGUGGCACAGUGGAAGUCUGGAGCACAUUUGUGUAAUACCCAUGUGGGAGCAAACGGGGGUCUUGAAGGGCCCAUGUUUGAACAUG